GAACAAAAGGGAAAGAAGUUGGCGACGCACAAGGUGAAGGUACUACGGACGUGUAGCCGGGGGGAACACCCAAUGCGCCCUUUGAAACUUGGCCUCAUGUUAUCCACAAAUUACUUGCAGAAGCAGAGAAGCUCUCUCAUUCUGAUAACACUCCCCCACCACACCACCCCAAUGCCGUCCACUCCUUGUCUUCUCCAGCGUCUGUCUAAUCCGAUUAAAGGCCAAGACAAACCCAAAACCUACUUUAACAAAACCCUGAACCCAAAAUUAAAAGUAAAACAUAUAAUACAGAAGACAGAGAAAAUGUCUGUGGCAUCUUCAAUCCCCUGUAUCAAAAUCCCACCUUCAUCCUCAACCAGUUCUUCCACCUCCUCUUCUUCUUCGUCAUCAUCAUUGCCUUCUUCACUUAGGUUCCCUGGCGCCCCCAGGCAUUCAAUUUUCACCAUCAGAAGCGCCCAAACUGAUCAGGGCCCUCUCAGAAGACCCGCCGCUCCUCCUCUCCGAGAACCCUCCCCUCCUUCUCCUGCUCCUCCUCCCACUUCUCCGUCUCCGUCGCCGUCAUCUCCCCCGAAGUCGGCUUCCGCCGUGGACGCGACUAAGAUUACGUUGGAGUUUCAGAGGCUGAAGGCAAAAGAGCUUCAGGACUACUUCAAGCAGAAGAAGCUUGAGGAAGCAGACCAAGGUCCCUUCUUCGGCUUCCUCCCCAAGAAUGAGAUCAGCAAUGGCAGAUGGGCUAUGUUUGGCUUUGCGGUAGGGAUGCUGACAGAGUUUGCAACAGGCUCAGACUUCGUUGAUCAAGUAAAGAUCCUUCUCUCCAACUUUGGGAUAGUAGACCUGGAAUGACCUAUUUGCUUGAUAUUUAAGGACAUCGAUGCUUCUGAUUGCUGUAAUUUCUUUAGUCAUAUCCAUUGUUCGACUCUCAUCAACCAUAAAAUAUAUAUAUUUUUUAAUAUUCAGUUUCAAGAUUAAUUUCUUCUCAUGAUCUGUAUUCUCACUAUUCAUUUGAAUUGGAAUAUAUAUACACAUGCAGCUUAUUUUUUUA